AUGGUCCGCCUCUCUCCCAUCACCUUCCCUGGACUUAUCCUCGUCCUCUCCCUCAUCAGCUCUACCUACUCUCGAGCAGUCUCCAACACCACACUCGGGGCUCGAGGCUCGUCUUUCUCCGGCGCAUAUCAGACCUGUGUCAGCGUCUCUGGUAACUGGCUCGGUUUCGCCUACAACUUUGGCUGUCUCUGCUCCGAAGACAUUGACUCCUUUUGCUCCAACAACAACAUUGACUCUUCUUUCAAGUCCGUGCUCAAGUCCUAUGUCAGCUCCAAGGGCUCGAGCAAAUUCUAUCCUACAAACUCGCAACCCACUUGUGACGGCAACGGCGGCUACCACUGCGGGUCCCUCUCUAUCACCUCCAAGGGCUGUGGCACUUCCACCUGCGAAGUCGGCAAGUACUCCACCAACGGCGGCUGCUGUCCUCGUGGCCAGACCUACAGAAACGGCAAGUGCUGUGGCUCUGUUGGCUGCAACUUUGGUCAGGAGAAGUGUACGCCAACCCUCAUCUGUAAGACGUACUCUUCCAACGGCGUCUGCUGCCCUAGCGGUACUUCUGGCUACACGGGCUACAGCACCGUCUGCUGCCCCAAGGGUCAGAUCGAAAACGGCUCUACUGGCAAGUGUAUCUCUCAAUGUCCUUCUGGUCAAGAGUACAACUCGGCCAAGGGCAAGUGCGAGGCUACCUGCGACACUUCUAACGGCUACACCUACCAGACUACCUACAAAGGCUCCGGCAUCUGCUGCAAGAAGAGCCACAAGGCUUGCUCUACCGUAUGCUGCCCUGUCGACAAGCCUGAGGUUGGGUCUACCGGCGUCUGCUGCCCUACUGGCUCCGUUGUCGCCAACGGUGUCUGCACUUCCCCAUCCGGCGCCACAACUACGACCGCUUGGCACAACAGACGUUUCUUCGCCGAGCAAGUUCAGCUCAAGGCCGCGGCCUUCGUCGCUUCCUAUGGCAUGCCCGAGAACUCUGCUGGUGUCCUCUGUCCCAAGGGUCUCGCUGCUUGCCCUAUCCCUGGUGCCGCUCUUGACCAGUACGAGUGCCUCGACUCUACAUCGGAAUUGCAGUCUUGUGGUGGUUGCGCGAGCUUGGGUUCAGGUCAGGACUGCACAGCUCUUCCCGGUGCGAGGUGGAUGGGCUGCAACAGCGGGGCGUGUGAAGUCUAUUCUUGCAAGCCUGGAUGGGCAAGGGCUUUGAACGGAACUGUUUGCGAGAGGCUUUAG